AUGGUCACACAGGAAAGCCCGUUUAAGACCAGGCACUUCAGCACCUGUAGUGUAGUGGGGAAUGGCGGCAUACUUAAAGGAAGCGGCUGUGGAGAAGAAAUAGACGCCUCUGAGUUUGUGUUCAGGUGUAACACGGCUCCGUUGGACAAUAUAUAUUGGGAGGACGUUGGCAAGAGAACCAAUUUUAUUACAAUGAAUCCUGGUAUGGUCAGCUAUAGGUACGCGAGAAAGCGUAAGGCUAUGAAAGAGGGUAGAGACAAAUUCCUUCGGGACCUCUCUGUCUACGCGGAUAGCUACCUCUUCAUAGAAGCCUUCCUGUAUGAGCUGAACGCAAAGCGGGCCUUCUUAGCACACGAAGUUCUACGGGAAAGUCACGCCAAGAACACGGUCAUCUUUCCUCAUCCUGACUUCGUCAGAUCGACGCAUUCCUACUGGCAAGAACGUGGUGUGAAGGCUCCAAGGGCGUCUACAGGGCUGCUCGUGGUCACUGUCGCGACACAGAUGUGUGAGGAGGUGCGCCUGUACGGCUUCUGGCCCUUCCACUCCGACAGGAACAACACACGUCUGACCGAGCACUACUACGACAACGCCCUCCCCUCCAACUCUCACAAGAUAACGGAUGAGUUCAAAGAGCUGCAGCGUCUUCACAACACAGGUGUCAUCCGUCUCACAACCCACGCCUGUCAGUGA